AUGGCGUGGCGGCGCGUCCUCACCCAGAUUGCUAGGCAUCGACCAACAAAAGCAAUCUAUAAUGAACUAGUUGCUUCCUCCCCUUUGGGCGCUCUUCGAAGUGACAUCACUGCAGGUGCCAGAAUUAGAAAUUUACAAGAGAGGAACCAGUCAAGUUACAUUGGUAGCCUUGCACGCCGGGUGCGAGACCUAGAAUCACCAAGUGAAACUUCUCUGCUUAAAGAGAUCUACAGAAGUGACCCAGAGCGUGUCAUACCAAUAUUUGAAAGCCAACCUUCAUUACAUUCUAAUCCUGCAGCACUUUCAGAGUAUGUAAAAGCUCUUGUAAGGGUUGAUAGGCUGGACGAGAGUGCCUUGCUUAAAACACUGCAGAGAGGUGUUGCUUCCUCGACAAGGGGGGAAGAAAGCUUUAGUAGCAUUCCAGCAUUAAUUGGUGCUGGUCAAGUGACAAAAGAUGGAGCUCUUGGCACUGCAAAUGCACCUAUUCACAUGGUCACAGCAGAAACAGGUCAAUUUAAGGAUCAGCUUUGGCGUACCUUCCGAAGCAUUGCACUAGCUUUCCUUCUUAUUUCGGGCAUCGGUGCUCUCAUCGAGGAUAGAGGAAUCAGCAAAGGCCUUGGUCUGAAUGAAGAGGUUCAACCAAGCAUGGAGUCUAGUACAAAAUUCAGCGAUGUAAAGGGUGUUGAUGAAGCAAAAUUUGAACUUGAAGAAAUAGUUCAUUAUCUUCGAGAUCCCAAGCGCUUCACACGUCUUGGUGGAAAGCUUCCGAAAGGUGUCUUGCUUGUUGGCCCUCCUGGCACUGGGAAAACCAUGCUAGCUAGGGCUAUUGCUGGUGAAGCUAGUGUUCCUUUCUUCUCUUGCAGUGGAAGUGAGUUUGAGGAGAUGUUUGUGGGAGUUGGAGCUCGGAGAGUGCGAGACCUUUUUGCUGCAGCAAAAAAGCGAUCUCCUUGCAUAAUAUUUAUUGAUGAAAUAGAUGCAAUUGGUGGGAGCCGGAAUCCUAAGGAUCAACAGUAUAUGAAGAUGACCUUGAACCAGCUGCUUGUCGAGUUGGAUGGCUUUAAGCAGAACGAGGGGAUAAUUGUCAUUGCUGCAACCAACUUUCCUGAGUCACUAGAUAAAGCCCUAGUCAGACCUGGGCGUUUUGACCGUCAUAUUGUUGUUCCCAACCCAGAUGUUGAAGGUCGACGUCAAAUUCUAGAAUCCCAUAUGUCAAAGAUCUUGAAAAGUGAUGAUGUGGACUUAAUGAUCAUUGCUAGAGGAACACCAGGAUUCUCUGGUGCAGACCUUGCUAACUUGGUAAAUGUUGCUGCUCUUAAGGCUGCCAUGGAUGGUGCAAAAGCUGUCACAAUGAAUGAUCUUGAGUAUGCAAAGGACCGAAUCAUGAUGGGUAGUGAGCGGAAGUCGGCAGUUAUCUCUGACGAAUGCAGGAAGUUGACAGCAUACCAUGAGGGAGGGCAUGCCCUUGUUGCUAUCCACACAGAAGGAGCUCACCCUGUCCACAAGGCUACCAUCGUACCCAGGGGGAUGGCUCUAGGAAUGGUGGCCCAACUCCCUGACAAAGACCAGACUAGUGUGUCAAGGAAACAGAUGCUAGCAAAAUUGGAUGUCUGCAUGGGAGGCCGUGUGGCAGAAGAGCUUAUAUUUGGGGAUACUGAGGUGACAUCCGGUGCGUCCUCAGACUUCCAGCAAGCAACUGCAAUGGCAAGAGCCAUGGUUACUAAAUAUGGCAUGAGCAAGCAGGUCGGCCUUGUCUCUUAUAACUACGAGGACGAUGGAAAGAGCCUGAGCUCAGAAACUAGACUUGUGAUUGAGCAGGAGGUGAAGAAUUUCUUAGAGAAUGCAUAUAAUAAUGCGAAGACCAUUCUUACAAAACACAAUAAAGAGCUACAUGCUCUAGCCAACGCACUUCUUGAGCAUGAGACUCUCACAGGAGCCCAGAUAACGAACAUAUUGGCCCAGGUACAUAACAAACAGCAACAGGAGCAUACUAUCGAAGCACCGCAGAAGACCCCAGCCGCACCAGCUUCCCCCGCAUCACCAGCUGCAUCAGCUGCUGCAGCAGCAGCUGCAGCCGCCACGGCAGCACAGCAGGCGGCAGCCAAAGCUAAGGGGGUGGCUGGAAUGGGAUCUUAG